ACUAAGAAUUUGUCCUUAUUGCAGAAGAACAAACCGGGAAGAAAAUUCAAAAAGGGGAAGAAAAUUAAAAUUAAAAAAAAAAAAGAAAAGAAAGGAAGAAAGAAAGGAAUAAAAGGGAUAUCUGAGGAGGAUUCAGUCGACGUUGUCACAGGCUCACAUGCAACAUAUACACACACGUGCGAAGUGGUCGAUCCUCCAAAACCGUACGCAUAGCACGUGCGACGAAUCCCGUUCACACACUAACCGGUUAACCGGUCAAAUCAUCGUAUGAAUGCGUCGACCACUUUGUUGGACCGCGUUGUCCAGACACCGGCUCCACCGGUCUGCACCCCACAUUAACCUGCUGUCGCCGGUCCACCACCACCACCAUCAUCAAAGCCUCACUGUUCUCUCUCACACUCUCUCUUCCUCCCUUUAUAUACAACACACAAGCCUCGAACCCAUCCCUUUCUCUAGUAAAAACUAUUCAAAUCUCACUCUUUCUCUCUCUCUCCAGAACUGGGAACAGUGUUUUUUUGAUGAAUUUGCACCACUGAUUCGUCUAUGGAGAGGAGCGGGGUGAUGAAAAUGGAGGAUCCAGUUGGUUCGUGGUCAUUUUCAGAUCACGCUCCGGAUAUUCCGGCCGUGUUUGACUUCUCCGACGAAGGCGAGAAGGGAACGCUAGGGUUCAUGGAGUUACUGAGUAUUCAAAAUUAUGGGCCGCCGUUGUUUGAUUUGGUGCAGCUGCCGUCUUUGGAGAAACCGACGGGUGCAGCUCCGGCAGUGCCGGCGUCUUCUGACGUGGUGAAUCCACCGGCCACGCCGAACUCGUCGUCGGUGUCGUCGGCGUCCAGUCAUGAGCAAGGCAGCAAAGCAGUUGAAGAAGAGGAGGAGGAUGAGGAAGAGAAGAAGACUAAGAAAGAGUUGAAGCCCAAGAAGACAACAAGUCAAAAGAGGCAGAGAGAACCGAGAUUCGCCUUCAUGACAAAGAGCGAGGUUGAUCAUCUGGAAGAUGGGUACAGAUGGAGAAAGUACGGCCAAAAAGCUGUGAAAAACAGCCCCUUUCCUAGGAGUUACUAUCGUUGCACCAGUGCAUCAUGUAAUGUGAAGAAACGAGUGGAGAGGUGUUUCAAGGAUCCGGCCAUUGUCGUAACCACCUACGAAGGUCAACACACCCACCCAAGCCCAAUCAUGCCUCGAGCAAACCCAUCCUCCAUUGCCACCACCUUUGCUGGCCCGAGGCUUCAAACGACGCCGUUUCAACACCUACACCUCCACCACCACCAGCAACAGCAACAUCCCUCUUUCAACGAUGUUCCACUCUUGAAUUAUGGCCAUGGCAGCAGCUUUGGGAGCGCCGCAAGGUCUGUUCAAGAGAGGCGUUCUUGCGCACCAACUUCUGCUUUGCAUAGAGACCAUGGCCUUCUUCAAGAUAUUGUGCCCUCCCAUAUGAGAAAGGAAGAGGAGAUAUGACGAAACGCGACUCCAUUACUGUUUUGAGAGAGGAGGUGCGGACUGCGGUGUAGACGGAAAAACCCAGUUCUGGCAUGUAAUUCGCUUGCUGACUAGUACUGAUAGAGAGCCUUCUUUCUCUCACGGAUAAACCCGCCUCCACCUUUGUACACAGACCCUCAUGAAUAUCACUGUAACAAUAUGGGGUUUUUGAUCCAAUGGAGGGACUAGUUUCUUUGUAAGUUGGGCACCUUGGUAUUUUUCCUUUUUUGAUGUGUUUCUUUCUUUCUGGGUAUGUAGAAGUUAUACAACAUACAGAAUAGGUAAUUAUGUUUUUUUUUUGGCUAAA